CACAUCUUUUUGGGCAGGGUGAAAAAAGGAGGAAGAAAAUUUCAUUAUGGCACCAUCGGGAAGAAAGCAUGGAGGAAAAGCUGGUAAGCCAGCACAGGAAGAUCAAGCCAUACCUGCCUAUGACUUUCAGGAGGAAAGAAAAGAGCUGAGUGGAUCCGAGGAAGAUAUUAGAGAAGGUGAAACACCAGUAAUGGACAAGCAUGGCAAGAAAAGACCUUUGGUGACUACUCAUGUGGUUCCAGAUGAUGUGGGGGGUGAAGUACAGAAUAUGCUGGAAAGAUUUGGAGCUGACAUUAACAAGGCUCUCUUAGCUAAGAGGAAAAGAUUAGAAAUGUAUACGAAGGCCUCUCUCAAAACCAGUAACCAGAAGAUUGAACAUGUUUGGAAAACACAGCAGGAGCAAAGGCAGAAGCUCAAUCAUGAGUUUUCCCAGCAGUUCCUGACUUUGUUUCAGCAAUGGGAUGUAGAUGUGCAGAAAGCAGAGGAGCAGGAAGAAAAACUAGCGAAUAUGUUUCGUCAGCAACAAAAAGUUUUUCAACAGGCAAGAAUAGUUCAAAGUCAGAGACUGAAAACCAUUAAGCAACUCUAUGAGCAAUUCUUAAAGAGCAUGGAAGAGCUGGAGAAGACCAAUGAAAAUCUUCUAGCUGGUGCACAGAGCGAACUUCGCAAAGAAAUGGCUAUGUUGCAGAAGAAGAUUAUGAUGGACACCCAACAGCAGGAGAUGGCAACUGUUCGCAAGUCUCUUCAGUCCAUGUUAUUCUGAUGGCUCAAUGGAGAAACAACUUGUACCUAAGUAACAUGAUACAAGUAUAGGCAUUAGCCAUAAAGAAGUAUGUUAAGAUUAAAAUGUUUUAAAGUUCCUAUUAAACGCUUUCAUGGAUUGUUCUAAUUUUGUGUCUGAUAACAUUGUAAGAACGUAUAUUCGUAAAUUUAUUACUUUGGGGGG